UGGUGAUUAGUCAGUUCCCAUCUCUCUUUCUCACUCGAGUUUUUUUUCCUCUCCUCCUUCUGGUUUGCCAUCGAUGGUGUUAUUAUGAUCAUCAGUCUCCGCUACAGCAGCUGUCACCCCCAUCUCUUUGAUGCAACACACCAACAACAACGGCGCAGAGAGAGAGAGAAUGGAGUUGAAUCAUGAUGAUGAUGAUCAUCAACAUCCAUCUCUAGUAGUAAUUGUGUUGCUUCUUUUUGUUUAAUUCCCCCUUAAAAGAGAGUCACUUUCAGCGGCGGGUGAAAGAAGGAAUUGAAGGAGUCCCGCCCGUGGCAAUAACAAAGAACUUAAUUAGCUUUCCCUGGCUGCAGCUAGAGAGCGCUUAGCUUCAUUCCUUGUCCACCCGUUAAGCAUUGGAUGAUGAAACACUGACAACGAAAUGUUCAUCUCCACACUCCAUCUCGUACCUCAUAUCCUGAUCCUCUGUUGACAGGUGUUUAUUUUGCUUGUUAGGGUUUCCUAGCUAGCUACAGCUUGUUCUGUUCUGCUCUCUUUUUUUCCUCCUCAUUCUUGUGCUGGUUAUUAUCUUCUCUUCUUCUUUAAUUUGGCUUUCCGCGGCUUGGCCAACUUUUAUCAGUCUUCCUCUGGGGAUUUGAGCAGACAAGCCGACAGUGUAGGCAGUCGCCGUGCUCGCUUGUUCUUUUUGCUUUCUUCCCCCUUUUUCCCAGAAAGCGGUUGUUUGGUUUUUUUGGACGGGGUUCAAUUCCCGAGGAUCUAGAUAUAUCUCAUCAAAACCUACACCGGGGGGCUGGUUUGUAGCCUUGGUUUUUAUGCUCUUGUCUCGAUCUAUACCUAGAAAAAAGCUUCACCGCCGACGUACGUGGGAUCCAUCCGGCCAGCCAGCCAGCCCCGCCUCCGGUGGUUUUCGCUGCCCGGCCGGCCGAUCGGUACGUAAUACUUUCUUCUUGUUAUAUCUCACAUAUGUUCUCUCUCUCUCUCUUUGGGUCGGAUGUGAAGGCAACAAGCAUUAUAGUUUGUAAAAUGACCACGGCAUAAUAAUUAGGGCUGCAUUUAAUUUAUUGGCUGUGGUUCUUCAACUUAUGCUUUGAUUGGGUCAACAACAUUCUUACUGUUAAUUUCUACAUCUAUAUUAUUCCUUUCCCAUCUCUUCCUUUGUCAUAAUAUUCAUAGAAAUAUUGUUGUUGUUGAUGAUGAUGAUAAAGCCAUGUUCCUUUCUUUCUUUCUCUCUUUCUAUGUCCAUGUAUAGUGGAAGACUCUCCAUCACCGUAGUAAUAAUAAUUUUGUGGGGGUUCAUCAUAAAAGUGGUUUCGGCAUCAUGGUACUAACAUGUGACCUGUUUCAUUUCCCCUCCAUAAACAUCAAGAAGAAGAAGAAAAAGAAUAUAUCAAACUCCCAUUUAUCUUUGAUUUCUCACUGGUCAACCCUAGCUACUCUAGCAAUCACGGUGUGUUGAGACUUGAGAAAAUGUUAUAUAUGAAUCUUUCAUUUUUUUUCUCUGUAAUCUGUAUCGCACAUAAACCGCAAUCACAUAAUAUAACAUAAAUCUGUAGGUUCUUUACUUUUAUUGUAUUGUCGAUUUCUCAUACAACACUAAUUAUCUUUCCCCUCCUCAUUCCGUCCAUUUUGUUGAUUACAGUUGCGAUGAUUCCCAUCCAUCAAUGCUAGUAGUCAUGGUUUGACCAUAUUACUAUAUAUCGGUUGUGUUUGACCUUGCAGUUGAAGUAGAACGACCACAGCUGGUCAGUCAAAGAAAGCGAGAUCGAUCAGGAUGAACAACACUAGUAGCACGUUCUGCGCAGUCCCACCUGGGUUCCGGUUCCACCCGACGGACGAAGAGCUCGUUGACUACUACCUCAGGAAGAAAGUCAACUCCCGGAGGAUCGACCUGGACGUCAUCAAAGACGUCGACCUUUACAAGAUCGAGCCGUGGGACCUUCAAGAGCUGUGCAGAAUAAUAGGGAGCGAGGAGCAGAGCGAGUGGUAUUUCUUCAGCCACAAGGACAAGAAGUACCCGACGGGGACGAGGACCAACAGGGCGACGACGGCCGGGUUCUGGAAAGCGACGGGGAGGGACAAGGCCAUUUACACGAAGAACGAGCUGAUCGGGAUGCGGAAGACCCUUGUUUUCUACAAGGGUCGUGCUCCAAAUGGCCAGAAGUCCGACUGGAUCAUGCACGAGUACCGCCUCGAGACCGACGAGAACGCCGCUCCCCAGGCAAAAGGGUGGGUGGUAUGUCGUGUUUUCAAGAAGAAGAUCACAGCAAUGAGAAAGAUAAGCAGCGACCACGACUCCUCACUCUGCUGGUACGACGACCAACUCUCCUCCAGCUUCAUGCAAGAAAACCUCGACUCCCCCAACUCCCUCUCCCACCAGCCUCCGCCGCCGGCGCCACCGUACCACCACCACGGCGGCUUCCCAUACACCACCACCACCACCAAGAAAGAGCAUCUUCCCACCGCCGAUCUCCUCUUCCCAUCCCUCCCCCACGAUCCCAACCAAUACUUCCUCCAGCUCCCGCUCCUCCAAACCCCACCUCCGGCCACUUCAUCACCGCCGCCGCCACCACCAUCGUCAUCCUACGGUCUAGACGUGAACACGUUGCAUUCUUCACGUCAGCAUCACCACCAAAGCUUGAGGUCCAUCUUUGGAAUCGACGACGGCGGUGAUCUUGUCCAGAAGCAGCAGCAAGAUGGAGUGGUGGAUUCGGUGACGGAUUGGAGGGUGCUUGAUAAGUUCGUCGCGUCCCAACUUAGCCAUGAUGAUCAAGCGCAGCCGCCGCCGCCCGGCGGCAGCGGGAAUGUUGAUAAUGCGGCGGCGCCGUCGACCUCCAGCCCUACUACAACUACUGGGAGCUGUCAAAUCGAUCUGUGGAAAUGAUCAGAAGAUCCGACGGUGGAUAUUUCGGUCCCGAUAUUAUAUUAAGAUAUAUAUUUAAUUACUACCAUAUUGUUAUACAUGCAUAUAUACUAUGAUCGAUUGAUGGAUCACUGUUCAUAUAUAUGGAGAAUCGGGGGGGAGAAGGGAGAGGUACUUAAGCCAUUCUUAUUGAUGAUCUAGAAAAGCUUCGUGUAAAUAAUAAACAUCUUAAGGGAUA